GUGCUGUCGUUUAUUCCGGUUGGCGAAUUUUCAUGCCAGCACAUCGCUAAAUUCGUCUGGUGCGGGUGAGGUGCGGAGCGUAUUCAAAGUCUGAGAAAAGAGGAGUGCACUCUUCGAGCAGUCGAAAGACAUACUCUGGUCGACCCAUUUUCUUGGCCUAUUACGUGAACCAUCGCGAGGAAGGAUUUUGACUGGGUGGUAGAAACGGCUAACCACUAGAUACAGUUCUAAAUACGGGAAGAGAUCAAAGACGGUAAAGACCUCGAAGAGGGAAAGAACCUUUUGCCAACUGCUCAGUAGGAAAGACACUGAAGAUGUCCUUUACCAUCAAGGAUGUGCGAAUCUUUGACGGCGAACAAGUCAUCGAGAAUGGGUACGUGAUAGUGAGAGGCUCCAUGAUCCACGACGUCGGCGAAGGCAAGCCACCGCAGCCCAUAGGAACUAUAUACUCAAAACCUGGCCAUACGCUGCUGCCCGGCUUCAUAGACGCCCACAAUCACUCGCAUUAUAGCUACCAUCCAGCACUGUAUCAGGCGAUUCGCUUUGGGGUGACGACGUUCAUGGAUCUGCACAACGAGUAUCCCUCUUUCACGCACUUGCGUAAAGUCAGUCUCGAGGAGCCGAGGAGCACUUCAGCCUACAAGUGCGCCGGAGUGGCGGCGACGAUUGAGAACGGGUGGCCCAUCCCCGUUAUUGUCGCGCACGACAAGUCGCCUGAGACCCAGGCCGAGAUCGACAAGUGGUAUCCGAAGCUCAAAAACGCGCAGGAUGCUCGGGAGUUUGUGCGCAAGAACCUGGCUGACGGAGCGGAUUACAUAAAGCUGAUGCACGAGUCCGGCGCCGCCAUGGGAGCCGACUUCCCCAAGCCCUCGAUGGAGAUCCAGGAGGCGCUCAUCGACGAAGCGCACAGGCAUGGCGUGGUCGCGAUAUGCCAUUCGCUUGCGAUGGCAGACCACAUCGAGAUCUUGAAUGCCGGCGUGGACGGCAUGGCGCACACGUUCUUUGACCAGCCGCCCACGGAAGAGCUGGUCGCCGCGUACAAGAAGAACAAUGCAUGGCUAAAUCCGACUCUUGCAGCGGUGGGCAGCUUGACGGCCGAGGGUCGGGAGCUGGCAGAGAAGUUUGCGCACGAUCCCCGCGUCGGCGAAGACCUGCUCGGCCCGGAGGAAAGGCAGCGGAUGUGCCAGUGCCUUAAUUUCUGCAAACCGACCUCCAAGGUCGAGUACGCGUACGAGUCUGUGCGGGUGCUCAAGAAGAACGGGAUCGACAUCAUAUGUGGCUCCGACUCAGCGAAGCCUGCUUUGGGCACCGCCUGGGGGCUUUCGUUACACCACGAGCUCUACCUUUUCGUCCACAAGUGCGGCUUCACGCCGUUGGAGGCGCUCAAGUCCGCGACAAGCGUCGUGGCAAACUGCUUCCGAUUCUACGACCGAGGCAUGAUCAAGGAAGGGCUUCGGGCGGAUCUGGUACUGGUCGAGGGUGACCCGACGCAAGAUAUCGACAACACGCUGAAUCUGAGAGGCGUCUGGCGAGAAGGGAUGCUUACAACGUAUUACGAAGGUAAGUUAAGACCUUGACGGAGGUCACCAUCGACGGAAGUAUCACAGUGAGACGUGAAAUAUGCGCCAUCAUGACCUAAAGUAAUUCAAAAAUGUCGACUCUUGAUAUGAUGGAUGCUUCGUCCACCCUCG